ACUCCCUCGAAAGCGUAUCAUCAUCAUGGCUGACGGAGAACCGACCGCCAACAUGGCGCCCGAAGACAAUUUCCCCGAAGCCGGUCUGGGAGCGAGACUCGACCAGCUCAAGGCCGAAGCGACUCAGCAAUACUCGUUGAAGAACUACAGCGCCGCGGCCGAAGCAUACAGCGAAGCGGCAGAGGUUCAAGAUCAAGUCAACGGAGAAAUGUCGCUCGAAAACGCCGACGUGCUCUACCAGUACGGCCGAUGUUUGUACCAUCUCGCAGUGUCGCAAUCAGAUGUGCUGGGUGGAAAGGUCGCGAGUCACGAAGAGCCGAAGAGGAAGAAGAGAAAGGUCACAAAGUCGAAUGAUGACGCUGGUGAGGGCAGCAGCAGCCUGAUUGGCGAUGCGAUCAACUUCCAGAAGGAGGACGACACAGCCAAUAAGCCUUAUUUUCAAAUUACGGGCGACGAGAACUGGACAGACUCUGAAGACUCGGAUGCUGCGGAUGGCGAGGAGGGUGAGGCUGGUGAGGCAGAGGAAGAGGACGAUGACUUUCAGACGGCCUACGAGAUUCUCGACAUGGCACGAGUUCUGCUCUCACGCAAAAUCGCCGCGAUCGAGGAGUCCAAAGUCGCUGCGAAAUCAUCGACAGAACUACGAAUCCUCCGCGAGCGCCUGGCCGACACACAUGACCUCCAAGCAGAGAUCUCCCUCGAAAACGAACGCUUCACAGACGCCAUUUCCGACACGCGCGACUCUCUCACUCUCAAACAAACACUCUACCCUGUUGAGUCCAGCCUGGUCGCGGAAGCACACUACAAGCUCUCUCUCGCACUGGAGUUCGCCAGCGUAACCUCCACUUCUGAAAACGCAGAUGGUGGUGAGACCGUGGCAGAAGUGAACGAGGAGAUGCGCGGCGAGGCAGCAUUGGAGAUGGAGAAGGCGAUUGCGUCGUGCAGAGCGCGAGUCACGAAGGAGGAGACAGCACUGGCUGAGCUGAAGGACGAGAGCAAGCUGAAGGACGCAAAGGCCGACAUCAAAGAUGUCAAGGAAAUGGUAGCAGACAUGGAGCAGCGACUGGAAGACCUCCGCAAGCCAGCGAAGAGUCUGUCGGCGUUGCAGAGUGGAGCGCUGGGUCCAAUGGGAGACGGAGGUGCUGACGCAGCGCUGCAAGGCGUGUUGGGAGCGAUGCUGGGGGAGAGCAAAGCGGAUGCGCAGAAGCGAUUGGCGAAUGCGACAGCACAAGCGAACGAUUUGACCGGCAUGGUCAAGAAGAAGAAGGCGAAAAAUGUCGAGCCUGUGUGCGGCUGCCGAAGCGUCGGCAAGCUACCUCAGAUACGAUAG